UUUUGUGUCUGUAGUUUUAAUUAACUCUAGAAUUAAAACUUAAGAUAACAGGUUUUGUUUCCCCCUCUGAUAUCUAUAGGCUAAAAUUGGGAGAUGGAAGGAAGUGAAUCUGAACAAGAGAAAUCGGUGAAAAGAGGAAGCCCCGAAGUCAAGCGCAAGAGAGUCGAUAAGAAGAAGAUGAAGCAUAGCGCCUCUAGGGUGGAAGGAGGAGUCGAUCCAUCACAAGGAAGCUCUGACUGUAAGAGCUUCAACAAGAAGAAGAAGAAGAAUAAGCAUGCCGCUAGGUUGGAAAAAGAAACUGAUGUCUCUCAAGGAGAUAUGGCUGGAGGCUCUGACCGUCACCGGGUCAAGCGCAAGAGAAGAGUCAAGGAGGAGUCUUUCGCUGGGUUGCAAAGAUUUACUGAUGCUUCCUCUAAAGGAGAGAUUGGUGAAGGGUCCGAGCAAUGCCAAGUCAAGCGCAUGAGAGUCAAGCAUAUAAGAGGUGUAUCUUGCUUAGCUGAACUCGAUGAGCAAAUGAAUCUUACACAUGCAAAGAUGGCUUUGGAGUUCUAUGAAAAGAGCCAGGAUGAUGCUGAGUUUGAGAUUCUGAGAGUCUUAUAUAGCAGUUGUUCGAGAUUACAACACCCUGACUCUGAGUGUGCCCACUUAUGGUUUCAUGUCAGCUUCAUUGCUAAACCAAGGAAAGCUGACUGGAAUGUCUCUCCAACCCACUUCUUUGGUGAACUCUUUAGAGAUCUAGAUUCAGGGGGAACUCAUGUCACGUACUGUUCUACAUUUCAGCCUAGCGAUGAUCCUGGAUUCAACCAUGGUUGUAUUUUUUGCCCACUUGGUCAGAAUUUUCAUCCUUCUGAUGGAUAUUGUGUUGGUCGUCCACCAUGGCAUAAAGAGAAACUGCAAUUUUGGCAUCCACCAUGGCAUAUGAAACAAGAUUAGAACCAUUGGUUGAAACUGUGACUUGCUGAAAACAUAACUUAUGUAUCUAUAUUUAUUCGUCUUUAGCUUAUUGAGCUGAGUUUAAGACCUUUUGUCUUUGUUCAUGUGUAAUUACAUAAUUGCAUGUGGCAGUUGAUAGACUUAACUUAUAUCUAUAUCUAUUGGUGUUUUAAUCUGCCUAUCAAGAUUAGGCUUCUCGUUGCA